UCGCUCUCUCGUCCCUGCAGCUCGAGCGCUUCGUCUGCGUUUAUUAUGAGAGAGCAGUGAGAGAAGCGCUGGUUUUCACCAUGUGGCUGGAGCUGAGGAACAGGAGCAGCGCGCUUUCCGACCAGCUGCGAGACGCCAACCUGUCUCAGGUCAUUUUUCCUGCUCCUUCGCAGGCCCCCCUCGUCUCACACAGAAAUGGCUCAACAGUGGCGUCUCCAGCCCCGCUCACAGAGUCUCCAGUGCAUAAACGCAGUGGGAUCAUACCAGGUGCGAUAGCUGCUGCACUGUUCAUAGGCUUCAUUCUGGCGCUCUAUACUGUUCUGUGGAAGUGCAUGGUCUCGCCACCCAAAAGGGGAAAAAGGAAAAGGAUCCUGAAGGGAGUGAGGGGAGCAGUCUGAAUCGCUGAUGAUGGCUGAUUCUGACCUCGUGAAUGUCAGGCCUUUGCCCUCCAGGACUGUGGAAGGGCAUGUUUUGCCCCAAGGCAAUUUCUGAUGGUGCAUUUUUAUGAACAGAGUUAUGGAAGCGCAAACCCUUCCGAGAUGUGGGUCUGUAAUGGCCCUGCAUCAGUGAUUUGGCUUGCAGUCUUUUCCAAGACUGGCCAGGUCAUUCCACCAGUCAGGAUUACACAAUGGCUGAAAGGUAGUUUUGGAUGUUAGUAAAUAAGGCAGUAAUUUGGUGUUGGUGGUUCAGACACAAACAGCUCUGCAAAUGGUUUGUGUCACAGCCGCCACUAGAUGGCAGUGCACUAUACUUUUGAAUACCAUUAAAGAAAAUUGCCUUGUUUGUAUGGCACUUUCUGGCCUGAUGGUUCAAGAAAAAAGACAAGCAUGAAUGCGCUUGCUGAACUAAAAUGAAAGGCCUUGUAAAUAUUGUGUAGAAAGUGCUGCGUGGGUUUGGGAUAAUGAUCGUGGUUUGGGGAUGGAGGUUUAAAGCAGGACUUUGCUCUGAGGGAAAUUCAGCCUAGUUUCUAGUUUCUCCCAAACAGCCCCUUUGGCCACAGUGAACUCUGAACCAGCAAUAUUUCCAUCACUGAGCGCAGUUCUCACUGGGUGAAAGUGCGUCAGCCUGUCUGACGCAGUUUGAGACCUUGUGGAUCACAGCUGCUACUUUAACGCUUCAUUACUGUUGUAUCUGCAACUCUAAUAAAAUCUAAGAUGUGAAUCACAAGCA